GCUUCACACUGGGUAACAAGCACUCACAGAUCAUCCUCGCCAGCAGUCCAAUCGCUGCUGUUGGCCCACAAACGACCAUGAGCGCGUCGCAUCCCUAGAGCAUGUCGUCUCCGGUUAGCACGGCCAGCCCCUACAAUUACAGCCCUUCGCCACUCAACAACUACCCAAGCCAAGGAGUCUACUCGCCAUUGAGCAACAGCCCGCAUAUCUGUUCGCCUCAGAGCAAUAACCCUUGGUUUUACGCUUCAUCACCACAGAGUAACUUACCUCACUACGCUCCGCACAACCACGUCAAUGCGCCGUUCAAUCCGGUCUUUCAGCCUAGCUUCUCGCCUUAUCUCGACCAGCGGACGACGUACAUCGAGCAAAUGCUGCAACAAAUCUGGAUCAACCAACAGAAUAAUCGUUUGCGCUUGGGCGGUAAGCGCUGUCCCCAUGGGCUGCCGCAGCCAGGUCUAGACUGGUGGGGCUACCCUUUGAGUGAUGAUUAUUGCAGCCAAUGUGGCCCAGUCUAGGAGGCUAUAACAGCGUAGAGCAGCAACCACAUACUGGGGUAGCAGAUGGCGUGAGCAUACGAUGCCUAAGGCUGUAAUUUCCGGACGUAUCCGAUGUGGGGAGGGUACGGAGUAGAACGACUCUGCACCCCAGAAGUUAUAGUGCUGAUGAGGUUAGUGAAGUGAAGGGACCCGCGAGGAUUGUUUUCAGAGAACGAUAGCUGUACCGCACGCCAAUCACCUCGACCAGCGUGGCGGCGAGGCCGAUGUCUUUGUUGCC